AUGGAAGAAGAAAUCAUCAAUUUUCCUUCUGAAGAUAUUACUGAAGCCGUAAAUGAAUGGGAUCUGGCGCUUGUUGGCUACUCUCUCGGUAAGAGACCUUACUAUGAGGCGCUCCUUAACUCUGUCAAAAAGCUCUGGAAUCUCAAAGGUAGUCUGAAACUUAUCUCUCUUAGCGAGGGUUUUUUUCUGUUCAAAUUUUCCAAUGCAGAAGAUUAUGAUCUAGUUUGGAGUAGAGGUGCAUGGUUUAUUUUUGGAAAACCCUUUAUUUUUCAAAAAUGGAAUCCACACUUUUCCCAUUCCAAUGCAGAAGAUUGUGUUCAAGUUGAUGCCAAAGCGACCUUCCCUGAAACCAUUCCUAUAUGUGUUGAAGGCAAACUUUUUAACUUAAAAAUUCAAUAUGAAUGGCGUCCUACCUUCUGUGAAUUUUGUGGUUCGCUUAAUCACUCUCCUUCAAAAUGUUCUGCUAAUCCUAACCCUGAAAUUAACAAUAUUCCUAAUCCUCCUAGGGGGAGAAGCACUAGUCGUAGACCUAGACCCCACUCUUUAAAUCCUAAAGGUCUUCUCCCUAUUCCUAAUUCUUCCACCAAGAAUAAUGUUAUGGUUGAUGAUUCUGCCGAACACCGGGAAGCUAUCCCUGUUAAUACAGAUCAUGACUUGACUCAUUUCUCGGCUUGUGCUCCUACUGAGGUUUCUAAUCAAAUGGAUCUUCCUAGUAGCUCAGCUUUGCAUUAUAAGGAUGUGAAUAUUUCUACAAAAGAAGGGGCUGAUCUUAACACAGAGAAAUUCAAUAACAAUAAGAGUAUUGAGAAUUGUCCUAUGACUGAUAAUAUUGUUCCUAUAGCUAUUUUAGCUGGGGCAAGCACUAACAUCCCUAAUCUCAAUUCUUCUACUUCUUUGACUUCCUCUACCUCUGCUCCCAAUAAGUUUAAUUCUGAUGGAAAGAAACAGAAUAGAGUUACUUAUGCUAACAAGUUUAGCGUGCUCCAAGAUGAUAAUGAAGAUGACUCCUCUUCAUCCUUACACAAUGAGGGAAUGGAAGAAACCAAAGGGUAUUCUGGCAAGAAUAAGAAAGAAAAUCUUGCCUGGAAUAUUAGGGGUUUCAAUAACCCGGACAAAGUUUUUUGCUGCAGGAAUUUGGUCAAAGAGCAUAUGCUUGACUUAAUUUGUAUUCUUGAAAAUCGUAUCCUCUCUUCUAAUCUUCAAGACCCUUGGUUCUGUUCUACUCACAAAGUUUUUGAAAAUGAACUCAGCUUCAAUAAUUUUGAUCUUGCUACACCUGGCCGCAUUUGGAUUAAAUGGAAUUCUGAUAAUAUCUCUUUUAAUCCUAUCUCUUCUUCUCCUCAAAUGAUUACUGGUAAUUUAAUGAUGGGAUCUCAAAUUAUCAUGCUUCUCUCUGCUGUUUAUGCUUCCAAUUCUUUUGAUGAAAGAAACAAGUUAUGGGCUGAAUUGGGGGAAGUUAACCCUCAUGGUGCUCUGCCUUGGGCUGUAAUUGGAGACUUCAAUACUUGCAGAUUACAAUCUGAGAAAAAAGGAGGGAAUCUUAUCACUAUGGAUAGGCUAUAUCCUUUCAAUUCUUUUAUAUUUGACAAUAACUUGGUUGAUCUUCCCUCCACUGGUUAUUUCCAUACAUGGUUCAAUCAAAGACAAGACAAUCCUAUUCAUCUUAAGUUGGACCGGGUUUUAGUGAAUGAAACUUGGAUUAAUCAAUUCCCUAACUCUCACUAUAAUGUAUUGAGCAGUCAUGUCUCUGAUCAUACUCCGCUUAUUCUUAGAGAUGUCCCUACUAUGAAGAAUCCUAAGAGGUUCAUGUAUAAAAAUUAUUGGAGCCACAUUCCGGAUUUCUGGAGCAUUCUUUUAAAUAUUUUUCAAUUACCGGAUCAUGGUAAUCCUAUUUUAAGCCUCUAUAAGAAGCUGAAACUUCUUAAAAGGGAGAUUAAAACUAGAAAUUGGAAUUCUUCCAAUCACAUUGCCAACAAGUGUGCUUCCUUAGUAGCCUCUCAAGAGAUGUGUCAGAAAAUGAUUGACAAUGAUCCUCUUAACAAGGAGUUGUGUGGAGAUCUUAAUAGAAUUAAUGCUAACAUUAACUACUACAACUCUUUGCAUGCUUCUUGGACCAUACAAAGAUCUAAAAUUAAAUGGUUAAAGCAUGGAGAAGAAGAUUUAAAGUUUCUUUACUCCAAGAUUAGGAAGAGAAAGCUUUUAAUGGGAGUUCUAUCAAUGCUGCUAUGA